UUUGUAAGAAAAUCAAGCAAGUGUGCCGCCCUACCUUCGCUUCAGACCUGCAUUUUUUUCUUGUGCAAUGGACGGCCGCCUAGACGCUGACUUGUACCCGCUGGGAUCCGGCUACGUCCCUGACAUUGACAGUGUCCAUGACAUAUCAGUUGGCACCAAGAGGGGAUCCGACGAACUGUUUUCUUCCAGCGUAUCCAACGGGCCCUAUAUCAUGAACUCAGCCAAUGGCAACGACAGUAAGAAAUUCAAAGGCGAUGUGCGCAGCCCCGGUGUCCCGUCUCGAGUCGUGCACGUGCGCAAACUGCCCAACGACAUCAACGAGGCAGAGGUCAUCAGCCUGGGACUGCCCUUUGGGAAGGUCACCAACCUGCUCAUGCUCAAGGGCAAAAACCAGGCAUUCUUGGAGCUGAACAGUGAAGAAUGUGCCCAGACCAUGGUCAGUUACUACUCCUCUGUUACACCUGUCAUUAGAAACCACCCAGUUUUUCUGCAGUACUCCACACACAAGGAGCUCAAGACUGACAACUCUCCCAACCAAGUGCGUGCACAGGCAGCUCUGCAGGCGGUCAAUGCUCUACAUGGAGGAGCGAUGGGGAGCAUGGCCAUCUCUACAGACACCAGCAGCCUUGGGGGUCCCACCAGCCAGAGCCCUGUGCUCCGGGUCAUCGUGGAGAACCUUUUCUACCCCGUCACUCUGGACGUCCUUCACCAGAUUUUCUCUAAGUUUGGCUCUGUCCUGAAGAUCAUUACUUUUACCAAGAAUAACCAAUUCCAAGCUCUGAUCCAGUAUGCUGAUGCUAUGACUGCUCAGCAUGCAAAACUGUCUCUAGAUGGACAGAACAUCUACAACGCCUGCUGCACUCUCAGAAUCAGCUUCUCCAAACUUACCAGCCUCAACGUGAAGUACAACAAUGACAAGAGCAGAGACUACACCCGCCCCGAUCUGCCCACAGCAGACGCCCAGCCCACUGUGGAUCCCAUGACCGCCGCAGCCUUUGCUCCUGGCCUUAUCUCAGCCUCUCCAUAUGGGGGCGCUCAUGCAUUCCCUCCAACAUUUGCCAUUCAGCAGGCAGCAGAUAAUCGGUUUUGUUUGGUUUCAGGUCUGUCUAUGCCUGGUAUCCCCAGUGCCCUGGCGUCUCUGGGGGUGGGGCCCACAGGCAUGGCAGCUGCAGCCGCAGCCGCCUCUCGCCUUGGCCUCACAGGACUCACGGCCGCUGCUGGACACAACGUCCUGUUGGUCAGCAACCUCAACCCAGAGAGCGUUACGCCACACUGCCUCUUUAUUCUUUUCGGCGUGUAUGGCGAUGUGAUGAGAGUGAAGAUCCUGUUUAAUAAAAAGGAGAAUGCUCUGGUACAGAUGUCUGAUGGCACACAGGCUCAGCUAGCCAUGAGCCACUUGAACGGCCAGCGUCUCCACGGGAGGGCGAUGCGUGUGACUCUGUCCAAACACACAACAGUGCAGCUGCCCCGAGAGGGACACGAGGACCAGGGCCUCACCAAGGACUUCAGCAACUCCCCACUGCACCGCUUCAAGAAGCCCGGCUCCAAGAACUACUCCAACAUCUUCCCCCCAUCGGCCACACUCCACCUCUCCAACAUCCCUCCUUCUGUGAUGGAAGAUGAUCUUAAGAGACUGUUUGCAAGUUCAGGAGCUACAGUCAAAGCCUUCAAAUUCUUUCAGAAGGACCGUAAAAUGGCUCUGAUCCAGAUGGGCUCGGUGGAGGAGGCCAUCGAGUGUCUGAUCGAGUUCCACAACCACGACCUGGGCGAGAACCACCACCUGCGCGUGUCUUUUUCCAAGUCCACCAUCUGAGUGCCUCCACAGACCACCACACUGCCGCUGUACAGGCAUUUGUGCACGAUGUUGCUCACUUCAGCUCAUUCCAGUUCAUUUAGGUUUGGGUAGAAAUCAUCGGACCUACACUGUAUAAUUCAAAGUAGCCCAUAAGACCAAAGUAUAGAUACAACUUUUUAUGUGCUGGCGUCUUUGAAUGUCUUUUUAAUACAAGUGCAUAGUGGUAUACUAGUACAUGUUGUCUCAUAGGCCUGUCACAAUAAUUACUAUAUCUACUUAUAUUGUUCAAUAUAUGAGAGCUGGAACAUCGACAUGGGUUUUCUUGGCAUUACUGGAAAAUUUUGGGUUAUUUUUUGGCUAUAUGAUAAGAUUUGAAUUGUAAAAGAUUGAAAUAAAUACCUUCUAUGAUCAGUUACAGAUGCAAACUAAGUACUAAGGUGUUUGAUUCUGCUAAUACAGUUUUUUUUUAAAUAUUGUAGAUUUAGAAUAGUAUUGUGGUUUAAAUCUGCUCUUGGGUUUUUGUAUCAGUGGCAUAAAUUAGUUUCAAUUAUCGUUUAUAGUGAAUAUUUACUUAAGCAAUGUAAUGCAGUUCAAAACUCGUUAUUGUGACAGGCCUAUUGUCUAUAAUGCAAAGCAUCUAGCCAACAUGGUAGCAUUCAAGUAAUCCUUGUUUUCCUUGCUGGAAGUUUACGUAAAUAUAUAUAUACAUAUAUAAUGACUUCUUUAAGAGGUCAUCUGAUUUCCAUAUUUUUUUGUACCCAAACCUAAUGAAUACAUUUGCCAGAUGUGAGCUACAUUCUGCAGUGAAACCUGUACAUGUGGAGGCACAGUUGAGGCUGAACUGUCACUUUAGACCAAAUCUGCAGGAGAAAUCCAUGUCCGUGCUUAUGUGGAUCUGAGCGUCCACCACACACUCGAGCAUUCCUUAGUUUUCAUGAUCUCUGUGCCUUCUUGAGACGCCACUGUCAGUCAUCUUGGCCAGUCACAAAUAGUCACGAUAUAAGUUUUGUCUUUUGACACCAAUCACCACCUAAGGAUCUUAUUUUAUUUACCUUAUUGUUUGGAGGAGUCAGUUAUAAUUUAGUAAUGACCCUCUGUCCAUUUCUGUGCCUUACUUUGCUCUGAGCAGACAGCCUUAAGCUCUGGCUCUGUUUAAGAUAUUUCAGUAUCUUCUCUCGCCUUUGGUUUACACCAGCAUUUUAACAAUGGGCAAAGUGGCUUACGGACUUUUUUUUCCUUUAAUCAUAAACUGUUAUGUUGUUCUUAAGCAUGUAGUUCUUUAUGUGUAUGUAGAACUGAAUGUAAGCCAGUUAGUUGCCUAAUAUCCCUGUUAGUUGAUGUAGCGCUGUUAGUUUUGACAAAGGUGAAGUUGGAGCCAGCUCACCUGUCUCAUCCUCAUCACUGCUUUAACCCUUCAGAGUGGUGAUGUGGACUUUAUUUAAUCAUUAUAUGUUCAUCUAUAAUUUCACACCUAUAUAUCCAUGUAUUCUUUUUAAUAGCAUAUACAUGUUUAUCAUAAUUGAGCUGAAAAGGCUGGUGACUAAGUUUAGAUUCUCAUUACAGUGCCUUGUACUGAGCUGUAAUCGGAGACUUGGCCUUGUGGGUGACUUGCCUGUGGAGCAGGUUGUACCUCGCCUUAAGCCCCGUUCAUUCAGGUCUUACCACAAGAGCAGCUCAGAGCCUGCAUUAUCUCCACAGUAAAGGCUGUCCUGGGCUUUUCCUUAAAUUCAGGAAGAAUGGGCCUCAUUCCCUGGCCAGUCUGACACAGUUGGAUCCUUAGUGCACUUUUACAUGGACUGGUCCAUCACUCAAGUCUUAACAUUGUCCUAUUACACUGCAUUGGCCACUGUAAACAUUGGAGCAGACGCAGAGGUGCUGUCUAUUUGAAAAGGUGGUUUUAUAUAGUACAGAGCCACAUGUAGCACACGGUUAUUGCUGUCAGGACCAAAGUACAGUAUCCUCUGCCCUUUUGUGCUGUAAGAAUCACAUUCCCCAUGUGUAACUAAGCGCCCACAGCUCUGACCUCUGGGUCACAUGUCCUGUUAAUCAUCAGAUACUGUAUAUUAUCGUAGCCCUUGUUUGAUUCCUUUACACAGAGCCUACUUUUGUAGAAUGAUCCUUACUGAACGGCAGUCUGACCUGUGAUGUCGACCUGUAGAUUUAUGCCUUUGUUGUUCAAAGCUUUUAUUUUGCUCUCUUUUUAUAUGGGGGCGGGGUGGGGGUAUUGUAUGAAGCGGGGUUGAUGGUUGUAAAUAUUCAUGUUUUUGUACCACAGAAUCAUUUGAUUAUAUCACUUUACGUUCAGAACAGAACAUGUAUAUUUUGAUACGACAUGACAGACAUAUAAAGCUCGUAUGAGCUACAAAACCAACUUUUGUAACACAAAGUUAUUAAAGUAUCUGAACACAGUGGUGUGUGUGUAUGUGGCCCGCUCCCCACUCAGCCGGUCUGUUCUGCUUCUUCUGCCUUCAAUAAAUCUUCAGUUUUUCCUCUUUCA